AUGAAGGCGAAGGGCAGGCGAGCGCCGGUGCCGCGGGGGCCGGGAGCGAGGGCGUCCAAGCCUCUCGGGCGUGUUCACCUGGACCUGUGUGGACCGCUGGUGCCUUCCCUGGGCGGCAACCUCUACCUGUUCGUCGCCGUGGACAGCGCCUCGCGGUGGAACAAAGUCUACGGUCUCCGGCGGAAGUCCGACGCGCUGGCGGCAACGAAAAGGCUGCUGGCGGACGUGGGGCGGUACGACCUCGGACGAAUCGAAUGUUUCCGCGUCGACAACGGCACAGAGUGGACCCGCGGCGAUUUCCGGCGCUUCUGCGACGACAACGGCAUCGGCGUCGAGUUCACCCCGCCCGGCGUCCCGCAGUACAACGGCGUCGUCGAGAGCGCCAUCUGGCGGAUCAUGAAGGCCGGCAUGGCCGCCCGCCGCAGCGCUGGCCGUGUGUUCCACGUCGACUUCGCCUCCAUCCCCGGCCUCGACGAGCGUGGUGACCGUCUUUGGAUGGAAUCGGCGAAGUGGGCCGCCGACGCUCUCAACCAGUCGGCGACCAAGGCCAAACCCGGGCGGCGCUCGCCGCACGAGAUGUUCACCGGCGAGCAGGGGCCGUUCCGCGUGCUGCCGUUCUUCCAGCCCGGCUUCAUGCGCGAGGACCGCCGCACCAAGCUCGACGACCAGGCCAC